AUGGAGGAGGCGCUGCUCUCCACCCCCAUCAACCCCAACAACUUCCCGGCCAAGCUGUGGCGGCUGGUGAACAGCCCCCGGUACCGCUCGAUCCGCUGGGACGGCCGCGGCGAGGGGCUGCUCAUCGACCAGCCGCUCUUCGAGGCCGAGCUGCUGAGCCCGCCCGUGGCGGGGGUGGCGGGGGGCGGCGGCGGCGGCGGCGGCGUCGGGGCGGCGGGGGCUGAGCCCGAGCUCUUCAAAACCACCAACUUCACCAGCUUCAUCCGCCAGCUCAACCUCUACGGCUUCCGCAAGGUGGUGCUGGGCGGGCCGGGCGCGGCGGGGCCCGGGCCGGGGCCGGGGGGCGGCGGGCCGGCGGGCGACGGGCCGCUCCACCACUUCCACAGCCCGCACUUCCGCCGCGACCAGCCGCAGCUGCUGGUGCACCUCAAGAGGCUCACCAGUGCCAACAAGGCCAAGCUGGCGGCCGGCCUGGAGGUGCCCUGCCGCCCACCCAACCGCUUCCAGCGGCUCCUCAUUACGUCGGCAUCCGCCUCGGCCUCCACCUCCACCUCCCCUCUGCAGCACCCGGAGCCACCGCCGCCGCCCACGGGGCCCCGGCCCGAGCCGCACGGGCCAGUGGCUGUAGGACAAUUCCACCGGUCAUUCCGGCGAGAUAGUUUGUCUCCAUACUCCUAUGUAUCGACUUCAUCCCACAACCACAGUACUUUCCCUCUGAAGGGUUUAGAUCGGACCCCGAUUCCUCCUAGAACAUGGCAGAACUCCCUUGGGAUGCACCCAGGACAAGUGGAAACAUCUCCCACUUUUUCAGAUAAAGGGGUUCCAUUUCCUGUACUGCAGAGGUUUCCGACUGAGGUUACCUAUACUCUGCAGCCCAGCGCCACAUCUGUACACGUUCAACAAGGUCCUCAAACAAUGGUCAGCUCUUCCCAAAAAUACAGUAACUACACACCCUCAGCACAGUACUCCCAGGCCUACUAUCCAACAGCUGUGCUACAGUGCUGCUCGCCUCCUACCCACAUGGAUGCUCUAAGUAGUUGUGUCACUCCCACUGCCUCUUCCUAUGCUCACUGCAACUACUUCCAGAAUCCUCCAAUGCAAUCCUCCUAUCCAGUUGAAUUUCUGCCUUCUAAUUGGCCUUGCAGUGCUACUGAUGAAAAUAAAAAGACAGAAGUAAAUCUAGAGGCUGUUUUUCAGAUAGUAGAUGAGUUGCAUUCCUCCCCUAAAUUGGAGAUGGUAAAGGUGGAGCCUGUCGAAAAUCAGUGUCCAACAUCUCAGUCUAACAGAGGCCAACAUAUCCUAGCUAAUUCAAACAGCAGCAACCCGUCUGCCACGAGUCAGGCCAGCCAGCUGGAGCCUCUUACUCCUGUAGGCUCAGAUAUUACAUCUUUUGUGGUUGGAACAGAACAAGCAAUUACCUGCUCUCUGCCACAGUCACCUGAGUACAUCUAUACCAUCCACACAGCUCAGCCUGUUGAAAAUACAGCAGUGCAGGAAUCUGCUGCUCUCCAACAAGCUCAUGUCAAACUGAAGGAGCAGCUAAGUCAUAAUCCAUCUCCAUCAUCAGUAGUUUUUGUGCAGGAAGGGCUGCCAUUCAGCACACACCAGGUGGAUGCCAGUAUAAAAUGCCCGUCCAAUCCGCCUGAAAAUAUCUUGCCUUCAGAACAGAUGGGAUACCUUAUUUCAGAAAUGGGGCCUGCUAGCAAGCCUAGUAAAGACACAAGUGUAUCCACCCCAGCCAGAAACAGAGAGCGAAGAAGCAACUCACAGCAAGGAAAGUCCCCUGAUCUUCAUCUGCUGGUGGACGUGGCCUGCAAGCAGGAGCACUUCCCAAAGGAGGAAGAAUUAAAAGAGUGA